AUAAGACAACUAAAAUACUAGAUAUGAGCAUUGCGCGGCAGGUAUUUUAAGGUGUGUGAAGUCUGGUCACGCUCACAAACAAAUUUUCUGGAUUUUUCUUGAGCGAAUUUCACAAAGCAAAGUAAGCAACUAAAAAAUGACUGGACGCGGAAAGGGAGGAAAAGGAUUGGGAAAGGGGGGCGCCAAGCGUCAUCGCAAGGUGCUUCGUGAUAACAUCCAGGGUAUCACCAAGCCUGCUAUUCGCCGCUUGGCCCGUCGAGGCGGUGUAAAGCGUAUCUCUGGAUUGAUUUACGAGGAAACUCGCGGUGUGCUUAAGGUAUUCCUUGAGAACGUUAUCCGUGACGCUGUCACCUACACCGAGCACGCCAAGCGCAAGACCGUGACCGCCAUGGACGUGGUUUAUGCUUUGAAGCGCCAGGGACGCACCCUCUACGGUUUUGGCGGUUAAGCACGCCCUCUAACCUCCACUUGAUAAAUAACCAAGGGGUUAACUUAACUACAUUCAAAUUACUUGAUCCAAUUGAAACUUAAUCAGUAGUAUCGCACUUAACCGAUCGCAAAUAUUUUAUAAUUCCACAAAUAUACGGACUAAAUAAAUCUAAAAAUAUCACUUAGACAGCUCAAAA